AACAAACACCAUGGCGGCGGGAACAACAACAACUGUUAAACAAUACACUGAAACAUCAGCAAACCAAACAUCAACGAAAGGGACUGUGUCAUCAACAACAAACCAGACAUCAACCACAGAGACAAUGUCGUCAACAACAAACCAGGCAUCAACCACAGGGAAAAUGCUGUCAACAACAUACCAGACAUCAACCACGAGAAAAAUGUCGACAACAUACCACACAUCAACCACAGGGAAAAUGUCGACAACAUAUCACACAUCAAACACAGGGAAAAUGUCAUCAACAACAAACCAGAUAUCAACCACAGGGAAAGUGUUGUCGACAACAAAUCAAAAAUGUGUAUCAAGAAGUGAAUGUAAUAACUUAAACACAUUUAUACACUUUCCACUGACGAUGCCGUGCCCUCCAGGCCACGAGGACUGUGUAAAUAACACCUGCUUUUGCAAUCCCGAAAAGGUUAGUACUAAGUCUAACUCAACCAACCCAUGCCAAUCACUUUGUUUAGGGGACAUUUUUCCAACUUCCUCACGGUCUUGUCACCAAUGUGGGGAUCCAGUGGCCAAUAUUUCUUGUGACAUAAGGAUGGUUUACCUCGGCAAUCUACAAGAAUGUGGUAGUGGAACUUAUUGCAUGACGGAUGUUGUUCAAAGAGCUGAUGGGAGUGUUGCCAUUUACAAAAGAUGUGUGGACGAGCUGACCUGUAGGAACGAGUGGUUGGCCCAGACUUCUGACCAGGACCGCUGUCUGAAGUAUGCAGAGGGCGCUUUACCAGGACAGUACACGUGUCAUUUCUGCUGCACAACAGACGGCUGUAACUCGAAAAUAGUUCCCGAAGCUAAAUAUUUCUACAGCACCUCAUCUUCGAACAUCAAUUAAUUAAAGAAAACAUGUGUAAAUUAGAAAUAAAAUUUUAUUGACUGACUG